UGUUCGCAGUUGGACGCGCACGCAGCACUAAUUAGAAUAUUAUUUUUACAAGUUCUUUACAUCAUUUAAAAAAAAGUUCAAAUUUUGAAGUGUUAUUUUAAUUCAGUUAAUUUCAAAAGAUAAUAUUCUCCGCGGGCGGGCGUGAUACUAACUAGCUUCAAGAGCCUGUUGAUUGAACACUCUCUCUCACGUGAAUUAGCAGUGCGUUGAAAUCAGUCCCUUGGUGAAAAGGAAACAGCCUCUCCCUGGUCAGGAUCAAUUGACAGGACGAAAUUCAGCACUGUCAAUCGGACUGGUUGCGAGUGUGUAUUGGUAAUCAGAGCUUGCUGCUGCAUCAGCACAACAUAAAAAUCGUGAACCCCAUGAUCGCAGCAAGGCUGGAAACAAGAGACGAAACGCACACAUCCGGUCCGCUGUGCUCACACCAAAGGUCGGAAAUGUGAUUUCAUAGCAAGAGACGACGAAACUGUCAAACUUGAAACAAAAGAAUCUGCCGACGAAAGUGUCGAUCUGAACGAGCUUGUUUUUUUUUGCUAUCAGUUGGAUAGCGAACAGUGAGAUAAGAUUUAUUUUUCUGCGUGUGCAUUUUUCGCUUUCUCGACAAAGGUGUGAAUUAAACAACAGUCUGUCUGCAUUGCGUUUGCACAAAUGUUAGCAAAUGUGAACGUCGCUGUGCUGUGAAGGGGCUUAGAAACAAAAUAUAACACAUAUCGCUUGGUUGUGUGAAGCAAAAGCAAAAGCCCAGUGCGACGAGGAGGCUGCGAAAGAAACAGGAAAACGGAAUUGUUGGUGUGAGUGUUGCAAGAAAUAAGUGGCAGAGGCAACAGCAGCAACAGGGCGCUGAGCGCUGCGUUCGAACCUUUGCGAUCGAUCGAUUCAAAAGUAUAGGUAUCACAAUUGAGAAGGAAAAAAAAGUUCGAUUAGUAAACAAAACGCUCUGACAAGACAAGUCUUUCCCCGAAAUUGCCCUGAUCGAGUGAAGAAUUGAAUAUUCAGCGGGACCCCCCCUUUUUGCCAGCAGCAGGAGCUUCGAAUGUUUCCGAAGCGGUCCGUCGAACGUUUCUUAAAUGUUUCCUACGGCGCGUGUAAGUGUGUUUACAUUGGAGCUUGCCUUGGAAAUUAACAUAAGUCCCGACAGCAUUUGAGCAAAAUAUAGCCGUUGCAGUGUAGAAGGCAAAUAUCAAGCAGGUAUUCAAGUGUCAAAAGUUAAGCCACCGCAUCGAAACCGAAAGUUUUUUUUUGAUUAGUUGUUGCGGUUCUAUUGUUGUAUUUUUGGGCUCUGUUUUUUUUUCUGAAGAAGUGUGGUGUUGAGGAUUGAGUUAUACCUCUAGCGAUCAAACAAGUGUACAAGUGAGCAAAUAACGGUGGUGAUAACGAAGACGACAACGGCAAACGCCACUAUGUUACUGCCGGAAGGUUUUCGACACGUCGGUGAUGGUCGUCUGGAUGUGGACGACAGCCGGCUGCAGCAGCUGCGGGUCCAGCAGGACCUGGCCGAAAUCUACGACAUCGAGGAGAGCUGGUUUGCAAAAGGAAAGUACGGCAUCGUGCGGCGAGCGGUCGACAAGAAAACUGGCGUCAACUACGCUGCCAAGUUUCUGCGCCGACGGCGCCGUGGCCAGUGCUGUGCCAAGGAAAUCAAUCACGAAAUAGCAGUGCUGAUGCUGUGCGCCAACUCACAUCACAUCGUGCGGUUGCACGCGGUUCACGAGACCCGCUCGGAGACGGCACUGAUUCUGGAACUCGCUACCGGUGGCGAACUACAGACACUAAUCGACAGCAAAGGGCAGCUUUCGGAGGCGAAAACACGGACCUGUAUGCGGGAAAUUUUGCGUGCUCUCCAUCAUCUCCACGAACAGUCCAUUGCCCAUCUGGACUUGAAACCGCAGAACAUUCUGCUCAGUGGAGACGAUGUUGAAGAAGGACUCAAACUGUGCGACUUCGGUAUCGCGCGUAUUGUCGAGGAUACGGGCAAGAUAUACGAGAUUCUCGGCACACCGGAUUACGUGGCCCCCGAGGUGCUCCACUACGAGCCGCUAUCGUUGCGGACCGACAUCUGGUCGAUCGGGGUGCUGACGUACGUCCUUCUUACCGGAUGUUCACCGUUCGGCGGGGACAACAAACAGGAAACGUUCCUUAAUAUAACCAAAUGUUUACUCACCUUCCCGGAGGAACUGUUCGAGGAAGUGUCGAUGGAUGCGAUUGAUUUUAUCCAGAGUGCGCUUCGAAUUAAGCCGAAGGAGCGCCCUACAGUCAUGGAGUGUCUUGAGCACCGAUGGUUAAAGGAAGACAGUUUAAGCUUUGCCAGUGAAUUGUUGGCUGCCUCCGUUGUAGUAAAACUACAAUCAGACCCCACGGAACAAGCCCGGUCCUGCCCAGCAAUCACUUCGGUUGUAGAAGAAACGACUUUACCCGAAGAGCAAGUGGUCGAAGUGGUGUAUAUCAACGGUCAUAGUCACAGUAACGGUACUGGCAGUUCCGAGGAACCCGUUGUCAAUGGCGAGCAACCGAAACAAACAGCCGAGGAAGAGUUGGAUGAUGAAGCGGAAACGAACAAGGAAAACGUUCUAGUACAAAGUGCAGCUCAACAGCAGCAACCGUUGGCCAGUGUGGUGGAGAUUGUCAGUGUUUCGUUGUUUCCGGACGCACCAACCACUCCGAAAGUCAGUCGAAAGGCGCCCCCUUCCGAGCAGCAACAGAAUGGUCAGCUGAUUCACCACAACCACCAGAAUGGCCAUCAUCACCAUCACCUACACCAUCACAGUCAUCAUCACAACAACGUGGUCAUGGUGAGUAGUAGUAGGCAAACGUGCAACGGUACGGCUACUAGCAACGUGACAUCGUUGACGGCGACGACGACGACACCAUCGAUGCCGGCAGUAGCUUCGACAACAACAAGCUCCCCAUCAGUAGUCAAAGCAUACGUACAAAAGUUCCAGCAACAACAACAACAACAACAACAACAGCAACAACAGCAGCAGCAUCAGCACCAGGAAUCCGCAACGGCAACGGUGAUGCUUCCGAUGGAAAACGGUUUCUGUGCUGCAGCGGCCGCAACUCUGUGUUGCCUGAAGUGUGGCGAAGAAACGGGCACCGGAGCGACAGCAGCCGGAUUGGCAGUGGCCGUAGCCACCGUUGCCAGCCGGAAGACGCUUCAGUGCGGUGACAAGGGUAUCAUCUGCUGAGAACCGGUUCCCGGCGGGAGGCCACUUACUGUCACCGGUGGCCGCAGCUGGAAGAGCUAGUAGCAGUAGUAGUAGUGUUUGUUGUUGGUUAGAAAGGGGUGUUGUCGUCCCCUAUUCUCAAACACCUUUUUGUUUUUGAUUUUCCCCGGUUGAUUGACAAUAAGGUUUGGGGACGCUUGAUGCGUUACCCGGAAGGACUUGUACUUGUACUUAAAUCGAACCCAACGGUUGAACCAGCCAACAGUUGCCGGAAGAUACUACAUGAUAAGUGAGAAACAGCAACAACGCGUGAGUGCGAAUGGGUUUCUCUAGGCCAAAUUCUACUCGGUAUUCGACCUGUACAUACGUUGUGCUUAUCAGAAGAACAAAAAGCGAUCGCGAGCUCUUUUUUUUAGGGUGUAAGAAAGUGGUUCGCUACUAUAAUCAUUAUUUGUUCUAUUUUUGUUUUGCUAAGAGAAGAUUUAUAUUGAAUUUGAUUCAGGUUCAGCCACGGUUUCAAAACUAGCCCUAAACAACGAGAGAACUGGAUAUCUCUGUUCCGAAACAAUAUGUAAUUGAAAAAAACAUGCCUAGAAAAGAACAGUUUGCAGUGAAACAGCGAGUUGUAGUUGAAUAGUAUUAAUGAUUUCUAUUUUUUUUACGAUCAUGGAAUUUGUGUAACAAUAAAUUUGUUAUUUUUUUCUCUACUAGACAGCUCAAACUAUUCUGGUGGAAUUAUAUGUGAGUGGAGUGAGAGGAAAAAUCGGUCGAAUAGAGUAGGCAGAAAUAUCAAAGCUAUUUUCGACUAUUGAUCAUGUAUUAGCAGACGUUGGAGUCACACAGUUUUUGAUUCAUUCAUGGUGAAAUCUGGAAAUGAUUUUCAAGUGCGAAACAUUGAUGAUGGUGUAUGCUCUUAUUUUUGGAAGUUUUGUCAUACGAUAAAAUUCCAUUCCCUUUAGUGGGAACCGAAUGUAGCACACACUUCCGAUCACUCUGUUGCAGCAAACUUCACACUGUAAAGCUUGCUUCAGAUAGAAUUGGAACAAAGACAAUUGCCUGUAUUUCAGUUAUUUAUUAUUGAAUUCAAGAUCUUUUUUAUACAAAUGUAGCGUUUUCUUUACACUUUUAAGAAAAAAUACGGAUAAAAUUAUUCGUCACGGUUUCGAAGGAAUUCUCGAAUUUUUCCUGUAACACGGCUCAUUGGGCGGCGCACACCUUCUUCGUCCAUCGUUUUAACCAUCUUAUUCCACCAGGUCGUCAUCUGAUUGAUGUCUUUGACAACCUUUCCCUUUGCCUUGAGUCUCAUUUUCAUGAUUGCCCAGUAUUUCUCAAUAGGGCGGAACUGGGGACAAUUGGGUGGGUUAAGGUUUUUCGGAACAAACUGGACCCCUUCUUCUGCAUACCAUUCUUGAACGACUUUGCUGUGAUGACAGCUUUCCAAAUCUGGCCAAAACAUUACGGGAUGGUCGUGGGAUCGAAUGAACGGCAAAACUCGUUUUUGGAGACACUCUUUUUGGUAUAGUUCCGAUGUCAUUGUUUAUUUGUAACGAAAACUUUCGUUUUUUUUGCCACAGCUGCAAAUGCCCUGCUAAAUUAUAAAUUUUCUUGCAAAUUUGUCGGUAAAAACAAAUUUAAAUUUGGCUGGAACAUCCCCCCGAGCUGUUGCCAAGUAAAAUUUUUGAUCUGGGAUUUACCCGAAGUCAGCCUCAGAGAUGUCUAUCUCCUCUGUGUGACGAAGAGCAAGCAAAAUUUCUCCCCUCGCACUGACAACUUCAACGAGAGCUCUUCUCUUUCACAUUUAUACACCACUGUUGUGUAAGUGUGCACGCAUCAUGAGUGCGUUUGUUUAUUUCCUUUUACCUCUUCCACUGAAUCGCACCAAAGUGCUAGAGCAUUAGCUAAUAAAUUCUCUGAGGUGGAUGCAGAUACUUUCACAGAGGUGUACACGCCGGUGAGCACUCUGCUGUAUGGUUUUCGUAGAUGAAGCGUGGACACGCAAAAUCAGCAAAAUAAAACAAUUUAUCGUAAAAUUUUCGGUUUUCCUUGCAAAUUUUUCAUAGCAAGGCCAGAUCUACUCUCUAUUAAUUGAAGUUCACAGAAGUGUUCGCUCACAAUCACGCGCCAGUGGUCACUUGGGUGUAUUUAGACGAGAGCGCGUGUGAGCGAUUCAUGCGAAGAGAAUGUGUUUCACUCGCGCCAGCUGCUUUAACCACAAGCACACACUCAAAUGCUGUCUAUUCGACACUGAGAAGAAGUGCGCUUUCCUCUUUGUGCGGAGCUUCGUUUUUUUCAUCCUCGGUGUGGCAGAAAUCUGACUCUAGCGUUUAUCACUCUGGUGGAAUGCCAUCUCUGGUCAGCCUUGACAUAGGUUUCAUCGUCCAUCAGAAGACACCCGUCGAACUUGGUCAGCACCUGGUCAUAUUGUUUCCGAGGACGAAUUUUGACCACACUAUUCUGUUUUAUGAUCCCAUUUGGCUGUUUGCUAACUCGAUACAACUUGAUUCCUUCCCGGAGUCGAGUUCUCCUCACGGUACUAUGGGCAGCACCGAAUUUUCUGACCAAAGCACGGUCCGACAGAUUAGGAUUCCUCUUAAUCGUAUUCAAAAUCUUACCACGCAGUUUCCGCUCGACAGUUCCAAUCCGGCUAUUGGCUUGAGGCUUCGAAUCGUCGUCAAUGUUUCCUUAUACCGUUUGAUAACGCGCCUUACGGUAUUGCUGGGAAAUUUCAGCUGUUUAGCUAGCCUAGAUGCAGACCACAAUGGAUUUUCAAAAUAACUGUGCACAAUUUUUUCCCAUCUUUCGGCUUUCAUGUUGAUUGUUUACUAAGUACAGUUGAUUUGCGGAAUGUCAAAAAUCAUACGUGAAGCUGACAAAAUUCCCGACACGUGGGCGCCAAGAACUUCCAAAUCCGUCCACCAAGAGCGCCACAAUAUGAGCAAAAGUUUGUUCCAAUUCUAAAUGAAGCAAGCUUUAUUGAUCUGGAUUCCGAACCUGAAUUUUGCAACUGAAUUCUGAGUCUGUUCCCGGUUACGAAGGUUUCGAAUCCAAGUUUUUUAGUACAGUUCCACUUUCUGAUCCAGGUCCACAAUUUAGGAUCUGGUGUACUGCCGUUCUACGUAUAAUUGUGCCAUAUUCUACACACUUAAAUUUUUUAGCUGAGUCUCGGCAAAAAAAUGCCGAGAUUCGCACAGCCGAGUAAUCAGCAAUCAUCUCGGCAAAAAUAAAAUUACUGAGCGUCUCGGCACCCUCAAAUUUGACAAACGUCAAAUAUUGCCGAAAUCGUCAGCAUAAGAUUUACUGUUUGCUCAGUGAAACGUUCACUGAAUAUUCGGCAAUCCAAUAAAACGAAAAAAUGAAAAAAUUAAUUACAGAAUCAUCAGUAAUUAAAAAUCUAGUCAAUUAAUUUUGUUUGUAAUUUCUCAACAUUAUAAACACGCCAUUGGGGAUCAAAAAUUCAUUUUACUAACACUAAAAGGAGGCUUAUGAAUUUGUUGCCAGUAGUGCUUAAAGCCUCUACCUGAAAACAUGUAGCAUAAAAAACAGCGGCGUUUCCAGAUGCGACAACCUUGAGUCGAGCUGGAAAUAUGAAAAUAAAAAUAUAUAUUGAUUUUUGGCUUACAAAAAUGUUCAAUAUUUAAUGAUGCAUAUACGGUAUUGUUCAAAAAAUAAACUUACUUUGAUCUAUUGAAUUAUUCCAUGCAUUGGGUUAUUUUUUCGCAUAUCCCCCAAAGUUUUGUCUCGAGGACGCCUUGAGCCCCGUGUUGGGUGUUUUUCCCUUAUAAUCGCGAGUGCUCUGAUAAAGUCGCUUUUUAGAAAAGCGAAACAUGUCACUAUAUUUAUUCAAUAUUUUUACUUGCAUGUGGUUCCACGCUUCUUCGAAGAUUAUCCAUUUUUUCACUCGAGAAUUUCAUCAGAAAAUAAUCGCACAAUGCGAAGCGAAAAUGUAACGCGGCAAUAAAUGACAGCUGUCGUGCUGAAUCUCGGCAACAGCUAGCGCAUAUUCCGAAAUCUCGGCAAACGUCUCUGCUGAUGUCGGCAUAUCUGUUGUUUACUGAUAAAUUCAGCAAGCAAUUAUGCCAAAUUUCGGCAAAGUGAAGCAUUUUACCGAAAUAUCAGUGAAUGCAUUUAACGAAGUUCAGAAACAUGCGUAUUGAUUACUGAGCAAUCAGCAAAUUUACGUGUUGCUGAUCAAUUUCGGCAUUUUAUUAUGCCGAGCUCAAGAAAUGGUUUUAAGUGUGUAUAGGAUUAGGAUAUAGGGAUAUAUGAUUCCUGUAUGUAUAAGACAGUUAUGCGUAGAACGGCAGUGUAGAUAAAUAAAUAAUGGCAAAACGAACUCAAUAGUUGUAAACAUCGGAUAAAUUCCAUUCCAUUUUAGAACCAUAAAAAACAAUCCCCAAAACAAUGCACUUUUCCUCUGCAAAAAGAAAACUACUGUAACAUUGUUUGUUGUAAUAUAUACACUCUUACCAGUCUCUACCUAAUUUUGGGUAGAAACCUAAAGUGCAUUUCCGCAUUUCUCCAUAGUAACGAGUGAUGACCUCAAUAUUUGGGUAAAUGCAAGAUUACCCAAAGCGUUUUCAGGGCAACUUUGGCAAUGUUCGCUACGAUUUGAAUUCCAAAGUUUGAGUAGAUAAUGAUUUAGUUUCUACCCAUUAUGAGCUCAUAAAGAAAAAUCAGUUAUUUAUCUAAAAUGUGGGUGGUACCCACAUUUUUCCUACUUAAUUUUGGGUAGUUCAUAGAAAAGUUCGAGAAAAUGAGCAGAAGUUCGUUGCUUACUGUUAGUUUUUGAAGGGAAUGAGAUCAAUUUAAAGGAAAAAGUUUCAUGAUAGGAUAGUAGAGAAAGUGAACAAAAUUGUUCGUAACAAGGAAAAACAUAGAAAAAAAGUAGUCAUGGAGUGAAGAUGAAGUGUUGCCAAAAUCUAAAAAAAAAAAAUACAAAAACCAACACAAUUUAUGAACAAGCAAAAACUGAAAAAAACACUAGCCAUCAGUUCAUUGUUUUCGCAAAAAAACUAGACUUGGCUUCGAAUUGAAAAUCUGUUUAUCCAGAAGAAAAAUGAAUCAAACAAUCGACCCCCGACAAAAAGCAGACGACUCAAGCUUCGUUCAAGCAUUGAUAAAAAGAAACAAAGCAUUUAGAUAGAGCCAUUGCAUAUCGAAUUAGUAGCAAACAGUAGAAUAGAACGAAACUAGGUAAAUUAUUCAAAGAUUAUUCAAAUCGCCGAACUCUUAUCCGAAAGCAACUGGAAAAGCAAUACUCCACGACAUACCGCCUCCCCCCUCUGCCUUAGCUUAUCGCUGUUUGAGAAAUGCAAAUGCAAAAUAAACAUAGUAGAGUUUAAAUCCGUGUUAUCCGGCUUAAAAUGGAAUUGAAAAAAAUAGAAUCAACGAACCGUUGUUUAGGAAAUUUUUCCGUUAAUAGGCAUUGUUGAGUGAAGUUUGGAAUUGGUCCAUUCUUUGUGACUGGAUGGUGGACAGUGAGUGUUUAUGUGUGUGCGUGUGUGUUAUUUGUAUAUUUCAUGUUUGUGAGUGUGAAAUUCGGGAAUUGACGAUAGCUUUUAAAUUAAUAUGUUUUAGAAUAAACAAAAAUAUGUAAUCUUAACUAGUUCCUAAGUUUUACCAACUCUCACAAACGGUUUUUUAACUUAUUUUGUCGUCUACACUUCUGAGCAGCGAACAUGCGAACAAACUUCAAUGUAAAACUAUGACUAUCGAUUGUAAUCUUACUUAGUUAGAUGAAUUUCCUUUUCUUCUAUUGAUACGCCUGCGUUGUACAUAUACAAAACAAAAAAACUAAGAAAGCAGUAGCAGUCUACGUCUACUUUCUAGCUAUUUAAGCAAAACUCCAGUCGUUAGUUUUUUAAAGUCCCCUCAUUUUCUCUUGAACUCUUAUUUUAACCUUAAUUUUGUGUUAAGUGACGAUUCCCGGUGUUCCCGCAUUUAACGGAUUUGCACUGCGUCGGAUUCUGUUGUGACAAAAUAUUAAUAAAUAAAUAAAUAAAUAAACAAGUUGAAUUGAAGGUGUGAUAUGUCGGUGACAAGUGGAUGUUAUGAAACAGAAUAAGGUAUAAAACGUAUCGCGCAGUCAUCCGAGAAUCGAUAGGAACGAAAAUAUCAGUGUACAUUCUGGAAAAUA